AUGAUCUUGACGACUUGGGUGGCUAAGGAGAUCCUAGACGUUACUGUAGAUCUUGUUCAACGGCUGAAACUACUGUUUGUCCACGGUCAUCCUUAUUAUUGUCCUGUGCGAAAUCAGCAUCCGCAAGAAACGAACUACACAGAUUCCACGGAAUAUCCUUCUGGUACAGAACAUCCUGCUUUCCACGCUGGGGCCUCUACCGUACCUGUUCAAUUAAACACGUCUUUCCCCGCUGCCCGGUGGGAUCAGGACAGUCUCUGCAGAAACAAAACUCCAGCUCGUUCUCCUGGGCGAUUCCAACCACCAUCUUCCGCAAUCCAUCAGCGAUCUUCUGGUGCAAGCUCCGCCGGUUCCUCACCUACAACGCAAAGCAACGCAUCAGUUUCCCAUCCCAGGUCUUACAGUCACGGUCAAGCAGAACAACUCCGGCGGUCUAGAGAGUCGACUACUUUUGCACUCAUUGACAAUCAGCUCUCAAAACCUCCGCUUAACCAGGUGCGCGACAUGUACUUGCAGAACCGCGGUGGUUCCAGUACUUCUAGUUCCACACCAACCAGGACGACGAAAAAAGCAAACCUGUCGGCUGUCCACACUGUUGUGCGUUUUAGGAUUAGGGAGUACCUACUUCCCAUGAUUGGUCACAUGCGGAAGAUGUUGGAUAUCCUCUUUUCGUCGCAGUAUCCGGAUUACAAUUCGAGUGUGCGCGACGUACUGGCAUCCCAACUUUUCGGUCAGACACAAUUGCCUUGUUCUCUUUCUUGCGAAUUUUGUGAGCGCUUCCGAUAUCAGUUGGAUAGACAGACGCCAAGUAGAAAGCUUAUCUUUAGCAGAACAUUAAUGCCAACAAAAUCUUCUCCACCGUCAGAUAAACACCUUGCCACAAUGUCCGCACCAGAAUCCGGUGCCAGUCGUGCUCCCAGUCCUGAUCGAGACUAUUCCACUAAUGGACUAUCAGCUGUAGAAACGAAGCCAGAGCCUUCGUCGGAAACCACUCCCUUGUCAUCCCCGUCUUCGCCAUUACUCAAUUUUGACCUACUUGAACCAGCCUCGGAAGCCGAUCUCUUGGAGGAACUUCUUGACGUUGUGGACGAGGUUCAUUCCCUACCCACUUCUCAGGACCACCUAGAUGAAGUUCGUCUCCCAGACAUUAAACUUUCUCCCUCGCGCAUUCGUUUGGACAGCGUCUCAGCUCAACUUCAGGAGGGCUUUGAUUUUGAGUCGAUGUACUGGCCGUCCGGCAACCUGGACUUCGACGUCUGUCCCGAAGAGUCGGUUGAGCUGCAAAACUUAAUUCUGGGUUCCAAUGCCGAUGCCAAAUUUGACUCUCUUGCUGACGACGUAUCUACCUUACCAGCUCUUGACGACCUCGAGUCUCUGACCAAGACUCCUUUUUCGGAUUACACUUCUCUUGACUCAAAUGUGAGCGUUAAGAAAGAACCAUUUUCUUUGCAGUUUCCCCCACCAAGAUCAUGCGACUCUAGUAGUAGCAGUUGUGAAAGUCAGCAACAAUACUAA